AUGGUGAAUAACGAGGCGCUCGAGCGCAGCGGCGAUGGCAUCAAGAAAAAACUCACAGGCUUCAAUGCCCUGGCGAUCAAGGACAACAUGAAGCAGUUCCUCUCCGCCGAGCUGCCUGUAACGAACACACCUACAACACCCUCAGCGAAGCGCCCAGCAGCGGCGCCACAGUCAGCGGCACCAAAGCGCGUGAAGCGUGCAAAGCAAGCAGGAAGGGGCGAAGAGAUCGGCGACAAGACCAGCGAUGAUACCGAAGCACCACAGCGAACGGCUACAAAGCGCGUGAAGCGUGCCACGCGAACGGAAGAGAGCGAAGAGGUUGGCGACAAGACCAUUGACGAUACCCAAGACACGAUGCAAAGUAUGCUCCCGCGUCUGUUCGUGGCAGACGGGGCGCAGCUGUCAACACCUACACUGACCUGCCUCGACGCUCUAGGGUCUCCGCUGAGUGCCGUCGCAGCGCAGAAGCCUGAGAACGAAGAUUUGUCGAGCAGACUUUGGCCGCUGGUCGCUCCCAUAUCCACUCUCAUCUCGGCUCGAGAUUCUGUCAUCCCAAUGCACAACUACCUCGAUAACUUCGGUCGGCUAGCUGCUGCAAUUCGCAAACUUCCGGUCACUGCCCCAGCCUGCUUCAGCUCAUUCCUCACUAGCAUACACUUUACGGUCGUCGUGGACCGCGGAGACGCAGGAGAUACGUUGGCCGUGUCAGAAAAAGAGCCGGAAGACACGAGUCUAGAAGAGGCAGCAGUCAUGGCCGAGGUGGGUAUCCUGUCGAACGAAGUGAACCGCGCCUUGAGCAGGUGGAGUUCAUCCUUCCCUUCGCCGCCCUCCGAUUCGAUGAUGUAUCCGGUGGACUUCAACCAGACGGAGAGGACGGAACUCAGAGCCUUCGCCAGGCAGUACAUCACGAGGAAUUCCCAUCUCAGCAAGCUGGGUGUAGUAAGAGAGGUCUUACUUGCUACCAGUAAAGACUUUCGGGCAAUCUGGCCGAUCGGACGAGGGGGGACGUUGACGACAGCGAUCAACCUGUUGGUCGAGGCAAGGAAGAACGUCAAUUUUGUCAAGGGCAAGUCUCCGUCUACCAAGAGGGUGGGUGACAAGGAGGAAUAG